UAAACCAGUUUCUCCAGCUUCAAGCAGGAAGUCAAUUGCUGCUGCACACAAAAAGGUGUCAGUAAGAAAGAAAAGCAAAGGCAGUAUUCGGGCAAAUGGCGUGGAGCACGUUUUCCGAUCAACGUGCUGUGAGUUUAACGUCUCGGCCCGUCUUGACCCUGUAGACAGAAGGCAUUGAGAAGCUACUAAAAGGACAGCAGAGGCUUGUUUUUGUGAGUAGGCCUACAUGAUCACGAUGAUCGUCUAUUUUGACUCCAGCAUGAGGUCAACACCUCUGACAGUUAAUAUUUUUCAAAUGACAUUCUAAUUCAGGGCUUCCCAAAAAGGGAUUUGACAUAACUAAGGAGAUAAUAAUAAAUUGUUUAGUUUUAAAAAAGUAAUUCAUUUCAUAUACAUUAGUUUGAGUUAGUUACGUUAGUUACUAUUUUGAAAAAAUAUAUCAAUUUAAUGCAAUACUACUUUUGUAGGUGGUGCAAGAACAAUUGAAUCGAAAGUAGUGAAUAAUAUAUUAGGGGUGCGCUGGGUUCCCAAUAAGGGGUGUGAGCUUGAUGCUUGGGUGGGUAGUUGGAUUUGUCAAAUUUUUUCCCUGCAGUUUUCAAACCGAGUACAUUUUCUAAAUUUCUGUUUGCUAAAAUUUGUUUCUACUAUGAAUUUAUUUUAAAAUAGUUUGGUUUAAAUAUAAAUCCAUAUUGCAAUACUAAUUUUAUAGGGGAUGAAAAACAUGUAUUUUUAAAUUCUGAUUUUUUACAAUACAUUUUAUAUUAACAUUUUUGUAUUUAUUUAAUUUUUCCUCAAAUUUAAUACAAGUAUACUAUUUUAAAUUGAAUGAAAUAUUAAGUUUGUAAAUGAUCAGAGAACAAAAGUAUUUCUGGGGCGUGGAUUUUUAAUUGUAUUUUCAAUUUUGUUAUUUUCUAAUAUUCUUUCAUACUUUUUUCUAAAUUAAUUAAAACAAUCUAUUUUUUAGAUACACUUCUAAUGUAGUACUAUUUUUGUAUGGGGUGCAGAAAGUAUUUAUCAAUCUAUUAAUGACAUUUAAGAUGAAACAUUAAAUUAUAUGAUAAAACAUUUGUUUUGCUAAUUUUUAAAGGGUUGCGUGGCAUAGAAAAGAGAACCACUGUUAUAAUGCUAUAUGACUUGAAUUAUAAAUCUUUCAUGAUAAGCAACAUUUUUCUCAAUGUUUAUCCGCUGCUUCUUAGAGAGAUGUUGCAGUGUCCAUUUUAAACAUUCCAUUGAGAUGCCAAGUAUGCUUCCUUAUCCGAUAAAUGUUUAAUUCAGCAAAAAAUGUGAACUUCAUAACGUAAGGAGCAGAUCAAACAGGCACAUCCAACCACAGAACAGUGUUGUGAUGGCAACGGCCAGCUCAGAAGAUAACGUGCGUCAGCAUCCUACCAAUGGAGACCACAUGCUGGUCAACAAAACCCUCAGGAGGUUGGAAAAACUCCACGAGUUGUGCUCGGACCCCCGGCUGAGCCUGAAGAACAGCCCGCCGUAUCUUCCUGAGCUGGUCCCCAAUACGGCCUCUGUGCUCCGACGGGUCUGGAAGCCCUACCGAGGCCUCGGGGCACUGAUGGGCCGGGCCCCCGGGGGGGACGAGGCGGUGUACCUCAGGGUCCAUGCCAGGAACCUGCUGGAUAAGACGGACAGGGCCUUGCUGCUCUUUAAAGACAAGGACAAGAUGUUUGAUGAGACGUCCAGCGACAGGAUGAACCUUACCAAGCUGUCCCUGAUCUUCAGUCACAUGUUGUGGGAGCUUAAGGCCGUGUUUCCGGGGGAACGUUACCACGGCGACACCUACAAGAUGACCAAGACGGAAGCACGGGACUUUUGGAAGCUUUCUUUUGGCAAAAAAUGCAUUGUGCGAUGGAGCAGUUUCGCAGAGAAGCUGCGCCGCGUGCACCUGUUUGAGGACGGGAUGGAGUCCAUGGCCCUCAAGUCCACUGUCGAUCUCACCUGCAACGACCACGUCUCUGUCUUUGAAUUUGACAUCUUUACCAGGCUCUUUCAGCCAUGGGGAUCCCUCCUGUGGAACUGGAACCAACUAGCCGUGACCCACCCGGGCUACAUGGCCUUCCUCACGUAUGACCAGGCCGUGUCACGACUGAAACACUACAUCCACAAGCCUGGAAGCUACAUAUUCCGUCUGAGCUGCACCAGGAUGGGCCAAUGGGCCAUCGGGUACGUGACCGGUGAGGGCGGCAUUGUGCAGACCAUCCCUGAGAAUAUGUCGCUCUGCCUGGCGCUCCUUCUGGGCCACAGCCAGGAACGCUACUUGUACCCGGAUGGUCGCGAUGUGAACCCAGACCUCACUGCACUGCACCGACCGGAACACAGAGCAAAAGUCAACGUUACGCGAGAGCAGUAUGAGCUUUACUGUGAUCCAGGCACCUCCUUCCAGCUGUGCAAGAUCUGCACAGAGAAGGACAAGGACACCCGCAUCGAGCCGUGCGGCCACCUCAUGUGCAGACGCUGUCUGGACAACUGGCUGCAGAAAUCGGCCGGCCACACGUGUCCGUACUGCCGCUGUGACAUCGACGACACAGAGCCCGUCGACGUCGAGCCCUACCAGCCGGAACACAAGGAGGAGGAGGAGAGUGACGAUGAUGAAGACGACCACGAAGACAUUGAGCUGGUGGUGAAGCAAAUGGCUGCGCUGAGGAAGACGACUGCAGCGGGCGGAGUCACUCAGCAAUGAAUGAAGAGGACGCUGGUGAGCUGGGACAUGCCCAAGCUGUUUCUUGUUUACACUCCAACAGGCGGAGCAGUGUGACGCUGAUCAUCUUGUCCAGAAUAACAUAAAGAAGGCAUCUAGGCGAUAUAUUUUGGAAUAAAUAAUUUAAGAAAUAAAUCAUUUAAACUAAAUUCAACAAUGUGUUCUUGUUGUAUGUGUUUGACAGAGAAAGUUGCUCACUUACGCCCCUACUGUACAGGAGUAUGUAAUACAGUAUGUAUAAAAUUUGAGAAUUUCAGUUGCACAUAAAAUGUGAUAAAAUUAAUAAACAUCAAGAUUCAUUCAAUUAAAAAUAUAAAUCAGAUAUACAAUUAUAUUGUAAACCAUGUUAAUGCUAUAAUUUAUAAUGAUAUGAAAUAUUAAAUAUACAUUUUAAUUAAGAUAAAAAAAUUAUAAACCAUUGUUUUAAAUAACAAGGUCCCCCCCCAAACCUGGAUUUUUAUUCUUUUGAAAUUAUUGUUGGGUGGGAAUAAAUUUUUACUUUAAAAAACAGACAUUAAAAUAGAACAUUUGAGAGAUUGUGCUGCUAAAAGUAAUAUUCAUGUAAAAAAAUGUAAAUUCAAGAUAAUAAUAAUAAUAUAGAACUCCAUCCAUCCUUCGUCAAUACCGCUUAUCCUGUUCAUUGUCGCAGGCUGCUCGAGCCUAUCCCGGCCGACUUCGGGCGAAAGGCAGACUACACCUACUAAUAUAAAAAUCACAUUUACAUAAAUAAACGAAAUUAAUAUAUAUUUAAGAUAAUCAUGAACGAGGCAUCUGUGAGUUGCCUGCCUGCUACAACAGCUCCGCUAAUUUUGUCGAUUUUUUUAUACAUUUCCACCCUUUAUUUUGUCAUUGAGUCUUCGUUUUUUGUCGUGUAAACCAGUUUUGGACCAUUUUCACUUUCUUUGCCGAAGAGUAUCAUCGCAUGUUGUUGUUUGCGACUUCAUUGACAUCCUGUUUACAAACAGCUCUGUUACUUUCUCCCCCGUUUUACACCUUUCACCCUUUUUGCGUCGUGCUGGCGCAUUGGCACUAUUGCAGCGUUUUGGCCUAUUGCAGUGUCUGACCCUAACCCAUAGUUAGUUACUGAGGGGAGAAUAUCGGGGCUAUUGGACUUCCGUCGUUUGUCUACGAUGCUACAACCGCGAGGAGCUUUGGCCUAACGUUAUUUAUUAUUGUAUUAUUAACAUUUCAAUUAUUGAAAUGUAUGUGUUAUAUACAGCACUUUUUUUUUACAGCUGUGGUUAAUAAUUAAGUGCUCAAGAAAUAAAGUUGAGUCAUAAUAAUAUUGUCAUUAUACUUUAAAUACAUGAUAUAUACACUGUUUAGCCCUGUCUUCUAUAUAAUGAAAUGUGAAAUAAUUUAAUUACUGAUAAAUUAUUCUAUUUCAUUAAUUCCAACCAGUUACUUUAAAAAAUAUAAUUUCAAAAAAUAUAUUUUUCUUUUUCUACUGUGCUCCUGUUAUUGAUAUUACAAUACCAAAAGCAAAAUGUGACGGAAAUUUUAAUAUCUGUACACUAUGUGUUUAUUUGACUUCAUAUUUGUGUUGGUAAGUUUUACGAUAGGUUCAUAUUGUAUGUCAGGGAGACAAUAAGUGAAAUGUCAAAAUUCAGGAAGAAAAGAAACAUAUCACAUCGUUUGAGAGAGAGCACAAUGUUUUUUUUUUGUUUUUUUUUAACCUGUCCUGUUCAGCUGCAUGGCCUUGCAGAAUGGUGGAUCUUUAUGCCUUUUGUGCUGGAACAGUUUUGCUUCUGUUUAUUUUGAAAUGUCUUAAUUAUUCUGAUGUUUAUUGAAAAUGCAGCCGGACAGAAAAGG